GAACAUAUUUUUUUUUUAAUUUGUCCUAUUAUAAAUGCGAUUUAGUAUCAUAACGCUUUGUUUGGUUUUCAUCUUGAUGGUGACAACGUAUUGUGUCAAUGCUUAUAAUGUUAUAAAAAAUACUAGAAGAGAGGCCAAAGUUGACAAGAAUGAUGUGGGUAUAAAUGCUGACUCUAAUCAUGCUGGAUCAAAACGAAGUAUGGGUGAAGAUAAAACCAGUGCCUCAAAACAAGUCAAAGUUGAAUUAUCACGAAGGGAAUUUUUAGAUCGUAGAAAGCAAGGUCAUGCUGUGCAUGAGCGUAUUACAAAUAUCGUUUCCGCUGAAAGUGAAGAUGUCCGUAUUGUCGAAUAAAUAAUUAUACAUAUACCAUAAAAUAAAAGCUCAUCUAGUUGGUCUAAAUUAAAUGAUACUCCAGAUACUAUGUAGAAUUCACAGAAAUAAAUCAAUAUGUAUAAAAAUUUGUCAAAUUCGGACCUACGAUUAUCA